AUGGCCAACUGGGCUGCGCUGAUAAGUGACUGAGGAAGGCUGGGCGGCUUUUAAAAGAAAAAAUAUAUAUAUAUUCUGUCUCGUUCCUCCGUCUGUUCUCAUGAAUCUUUAGGCUGGGACCGAGACAGACACCUAGGCGACAGGAGGACCCCCGAGAGGUCAAACAAACGCCUGAGGUGCUGCUAGAAGAUGCCAUACUCGACCCCAAAAAAGCCUGCUAGGGAGGAAGGCACCGACUCUAAAUCGUCACACCGUGAUAUGCCUACAUCCUCCUAUCUCGUCAAGUCAUUCAGCCGUCCAAUUAUCGGUUACCAUCACCUCCUCUUCCUGUCGCCCUGUCUGUCCCCCUUCUUCACAUAUUGUCUCUUCUGGGUGCUGUUCCAGUACUCGACAAACGCUGGCAGAGUGCUGGCGGGCACUUCGACGGCCGUCCCGCCAACCAACAUGCGCACAGACAGGGUCCGCAGCAGCUCGGUCUGCUCCACCAAGGGCCUGUUGGCGAGGGCCGUCGAAACGUCCUCUCGCGACACGGCCGUCACCGAAAGCGAGUGGUAGAGCUGCAGACACAGCCGCACCGUGUGCCACAAAGGCGAGUUGACCUGCAUAGCACAGACAUGCGGAUGAAGGGUAUCCCUUCUUCUUUUGUCUGUCUUACCGUGUGUGGGGGCGUGUAGGCGGAGAAGAGCGUGGGCUGUUUGGGAUACUCGAGGCACACCAGCAUGGUGUCCUUCGCCAGCCAGUCGUCCCCACAUCGAUCGAACACUUUGGUGCGCCACGGCAGCACAACCGUCCCAUUGCUGCGCCCGCCCUCGGGAAACAGCACCACUGGCCCAUAGCCGCGCCUCCUCGCAGCCUCGCAAACGUCCUUGACUGAAGUGUAGGGACCACUCUUGGCACUAUGAUGGGUCGCCAUAGCCCAUCUGAGGGCCGUGAAGCAGCCAACGAGUGACAGAGUGUCGUCGGCAUGAGUGAUGGCAUAGGAGGGGUUGAUGCGCAUGGUGAGGUACAGCACGUCGAUGAAGGACGUGUGGUUGGCCAGCACGAGAGUGCCGUGCGUGGCGCGAGGGAGGGAGAAAGGGGGAGGGCCUUCAUCCUUCGGAGGCCGCAGCUUCAACCGACGGUGGUCUGACAUGGCACAACAGAACAGAACCGAACAGAACAGAACAGAACAGAACGACAUUGCAAGCAGCCAACCAAAUGACUGCCUUGGAACAGACCUGCAGCGGUUUCGCUGAUCCAGAAGAGCCCCACCAUGCGCAUCGCCACACUGCAGCCGGAAGAUAUCACCAGCCACCCCAGCCAGUACUGCAAUACCCCUAUAGGCACCAGAUAGACGACUGCAGAGGAUAGAGCCACCAGGAGAGCCAAGACGAGCAGGUUGGCGAGCCGCAGGAUGGCGAUGGGGGAGGCGAUGAGGAGCUUCAAGGCCUUGGCGACGCGUGAGGGCUUGUAGUGCGUCCACGUGGGAACGAACGGGUUGACGCCGGUGCCGGGAUCAGCAAACUGACGAUACUUCUCCAUCACGGCUUCAGUUCGAAGGAAUUUGCUUUCAUAGAAGCAUGGCCGACCAGCAGAUCUGAUCUAGAGUCGGCAACGUAUUCGCAUACAGGCAAAGGCGCGAGAGUUCG